UCCGGCGGGCGGUGCUCCGUGGGAGGCGUUCCGGGUGGUCAACCGUCGAGAAGCUUUACAACGUCCCGGCCGAGACGAAGUGGGUCUCGGCCCCUCACAGAUCUCCGUGUCAGAAUUUUCCCCUUGCGCCAGCGCGGCCUCAAAGGUCUUUAAGAAAUAGAAAUGGCAUCCAAAAGAGCUCUGGUCAUCCUAGCCAAAGGAGCAGAGGAGGUGGAGACAGUGAUUCCUGUGGACAUCAUGCGGCGAGCUGGGAUUAAAGUCACCGUUGCAGGCUUGGCUGGGAAGGACCCCGUGCAGUGUAGCCGUGAUGUAGUGAUUUGUCCGGAUACCAGUCUGGAAGAAGCAAAAACACAGGGACCAUACGAUGUGGUUGUUCUUCCAGGAGGAAAUCUGGGUGCACAGAACUUAUCUGAGUCGGCUUUGGUGAAGGAGAUCCUCAAGGAGCAGGAGAACAGGAAGGGCCUCAUAGCUGCCAUCUGUGCGGGUCCUACGGCCCUGCUGGCUCACGAAGUAGGCUUUGGAUGCAAGGUUACAUCGCACCCACUGGCUAAGGACAAAGUGAUGAACGGCAGUCACUACAACUACUCAGAGAGCCGUGUGGAGAAGGACGGCCUCAUUCUCACCAGCCGUGGGCCUGGGACCAGCUUCGAGUUUGCGCUGGCCAUUGUGGAGGCACUCAGUGGCAAGGACAUGGCUAACCAAGUGAAGGCCCCGCUUGUUCUCAAAGACUAGAGCCCAAGCCCUGGACCCUGGACCCCCAGGCUGAGCAGGCAUUGGAAGCCCACUAGUGUGUCCACAGCCCAGUGAACCUCAGGAACUAACGUGUGAAGUAGCCCGCUGCUCAGGAAUCUCACCCUGGCUCUGUACUAUUCUGAGCCUUGCUAGUAGAAUAAACAGUUCCCCAAGCUCCUGACGGCUA